AUGCAAAAUUUGAUACUAAGUGGAGAACUGAAAUGUAAAGAACAUUAGAAAAAUAAAGACAAUUUAAAUCUGGCACAACAUGUAUAAGAUGAUAGACAACUUAGAUGUGAUUAAUGUAAUUUUAAUGGUGUGUGUUAAAUCAAAUUAUUGGAUUUGGAAAAAUUUUUACUUGAAUUCAACAAUUAGAUCAAAAUUUUUACUUAAGAAAUCGAAAACACAAAAAAGAUGAUAAUGGCUGCAAAAAAGAUAACAGAAUUAGUAUCAAGAAUAGAAAACGAGUUAAUAGAAAUUGAGGGGAGAUUUUUAAAAAAAAAUUAAAUGAAUUAAAACAUUUAGGCAUAUUUAAAUUACAAUUUGGAUGAGAGUAGAUUAAAAGAAUUAUUACAAUACCUAAAAAAUUGUCAAAUAGAUGAUUAUAAGGUUAAGUCAAACAAAAGUCUACUAGAGAAAGAAGUAUUAUAAUAAAGGAAGUGCAUUUCAGCUCUUAAUAUUAUUUAAAUGGCAUAGGAAGAGAUUAAUAAUAUUCUAGCUUAUCAAGCAACUGUAAGUGAUGAAAAAGAACAGACAUUAUCGCAGGUUUAUUUAUUUGAUAAGUAAGUGGAAUAAGAUUUUGAUCAUACUGGAUUGCUUUUGGCUGUUGGUAGUAAUAGAAUAGAGUCUGAUGACUGUUAUGCUUAAAUUUGGGAAAUUGAUGGAGGAGUCUUGAGGAAAAGUGAUUCUCUCAAAGGUCAUUAAAGAGAAGUGAAAUCACUGUUUUUUAAUAAGGAAGAUACACUUUUUACAGGUAGUGUUGAUUCAACUAUAAAAAUUUGGGUAAAAUAACAGGAUACUAAUAAAUGGGAUUUAAAACAGGACUUAAACAAUUUUCAUUCUUUAGCAGUUAAUUGUAUUUAAUUACAUUACUUUGAUCCUAAAUUUUUUGCCUCAGGGAGCGAAGAAUUGAUAAUCUGGAAGAAGGACUUAUUAUAACAUGGCUAAUGGGUGUAAGAUUCUGUAUUUAAAAAUAAUAAAAGAAUUAUAUCUGCUCUAAGUUUUACUGACAAAGGGAAUUUAUUGAUAGUAGGUAGUGAUGAUCGUUUAAUAUAGAUACUGGAAUUUGCACACAAUUAAUGGAAGUUAAAGCAAAAAUUUGAUCAAAGCAAUAAAAUCAUGCAAAUCAUUCCAACUUAUAAUAGGGAUUUUAUUUCAUUCUAAAUAGAUGGUGAAUAUACUUUCUGGAAAUGUAAGAGUGAAAAUAAUGAACUAUCAUGGAAUUAGAAAAAGAAUAAGCAUGGAGAUUAAAUUAAAAAAUUGAGUGUUUCUUUGGCCAAAAAACUUUUGAGUGUAACAUAUGAGGAUAAAAAAAAUAAACUCUUUCAAAUUGAGCUUGAUGGCAAAUUAUCAGAGAAAUAACUUGAUAAUAAUGAAGGGGAAAUCAUGAUAAUGUCUUAUAUGUCACCCUCUAAAAUAGUUUAGCAACCUAUAAACACUAUGUUAGGUAAUCGAAGUUAAGAUGGCAUAUUUCCAAAUAAUAUUAAAGAUCAAUUCCCUUAAUAAAAUUAACAAAUAUUUGGGGGAAAAUAAUUCUAGCCGUAAGGAGCCUUCUAUGCAAGCAUGUAAGGCCGGUAAUAAGGAGGAGCGUAAGGAUAGUAGUAAAAUUUUACUUUUUUCUAUCAAAAUUAACAAAAUGUCAAAGGAACAGGGGGGUAAACGUAGACAUUCCCUAUUAAUUUUAAUCCUGUAAGAAUAUAAGAAAUGACAAUAGAAUAAUCAAAAUUUGUGAAGGUUAGUAAAGGAAAAUUGCAAGUUUACAUGGAGAGAAGUAAAAAAAUUUGA